CGACAGUUAAUCCUCGCGCGUUUACGGGGUCGUAUGAUCGACCAUACGGGCGAGAGAAGGCAAAUUCAUUAGGGGAAGAAUUUAAUUUUUUCUUCUUCAACAUUUUCAAUUUUUUUCCCUUCUUUUCUUUUUUUUUUUUUUCCUUUUUUUUUCUAUUCCUCUUUGCCAUUCAAUAAAUCAUUAUUCCCUUUUUGAUUUGUCUUUAUCGUGACUUUGCAAUCGAUUAUCGAAGGAAGCAAAACACAUACGUUGGAUUUAAAUUGUCGAUAACAAAAGAGAAAGAGAGAGAGAGAGAGAGAGAGAGAGAGAGAAAGAGAGACUUCAUAUUUUGAAGGAUCAAAAAAGAGGAACGAUGACAACACGUCUUUGCUGACUCCUACGAACUUUUUUUUCGAAUGAAGAAGGAUGACCAGACGCGAGAAGAGGAUCUUCGGGAUCCUUGUCUUGCUGAACAUCCUUGGAGAGGUUCCAGCGAAUCUCACAGUCUCCUCGGAAUCAGAAUCGAUCGAGGAAACAAUAGCAAUCACUACAACGAAGAAACCAAUACCAGAGAGAUGCCUUGUGAAACAGGAUCAAGGACCUUGCAAGCAUUACGUACAUAAAUGGUCUUUUCAUAAAACCGAUGGGAAGUGCAAGACAUUUCCUUAUGGUGGUUGUUUAGGGAAUGAAAAUAGAUUCAACUCUGAAGCUGAAUGUCUUCACUAUUGUAUCGGUGGUCCUGAUCACACGCUACCCCCUUACUUGGUAACAAAAGGCAGCGUAUUUGUGACAACGAGUAUUCCGACGAGCAGUACAUCACCCACAACCACAUCAAGUACUCCUAGGCCAACGUUCGCGCCACCCCAACCAACGAGACCACCAGUACCAAAGGAGAAACGAGGAAAGGAAUUGACGUUCAUGGAAUCAGGAUACGAGAAGACGUUCAUGUUCGCACAAAGUAACACUUUCAUACAACUCGAUGGCAGUGGUAUAAAGACCUUUCAAUUGAGAUUAUGCCGUGAGAUAUCAUUCAAAUUUCGAACUAAAUUACCACACGGUUUACUCGUCUAUCACAGCGUGAAAGAUCGUCCAGAGAGUUUAGAACCUUAUGCUCUUUACGUGAUCGUUGAAAAAGGCCAGUUGAAGGUAGUACACGUAUUCGGAAAAAAAUCAACGAGUUUGACGGUUGGCGAAGGACUUAACAGAGACGAGUGGCACAGUGUUCUGGUUAGAAUCGAUGUUCACGGAGCAAAGCUUAUCGCAAGAGUAGACGAAAAGCAAUCGGAAACUAGCCUAGAAGUUCUUGAACGUGUCGUCAAUUAUGGCGUUUCCGAGGAAUUGGCAUCUGUCGUUCUUAUUGGAGGAUUAAGCUCAGAGGAACGUCUACAUGGUGUUAAAUACAUCAUAGAAUCUUUUGUCGGCUGCAUCAGAGAUAUGGUCCUUAGUUCCGGCAAGUCAGCAAGCGACCUGUUGCCUAUUCUACCAUUGAUCGCAACCAAGCAUGAAAAUGUUAAGGAGGGUUGCAUAGACAAGUGCUGGACAAGGGAAAAUCUUUGCUUCAUGCCCGAUCAAUGCGUCAAUCAUUAUAAUAGCCUGACAUGUGACUGCUUUGGAACGAAAUAUGAAGGCGAACGUUGUGAUGUCUACACCGCCACGAUUUUAACAUUGAGGGGAUCAUCGUACGUGUCCUUUCGAGUUUACGAUUGGAAAGACCGUGUCCAUUCCUCGGUGAACAAGAUCAGCUUGGCUUUCAAGACAAAGUUCGACGAUUCAGCAUUAUUUUAUGCAUCUGGUGAGAUUGAUGGUACACCUCAUUACGUAGCAGCAUCCAUCAUGAACGGUUCGGUUUACGUUGAAUUAGAUUUCGGUCAUGAUUCCAAAAUUGCUACGGUUCUUGGCGAUUAUGUAACCUCCGAUCAUUGGAACAAUUUAACUAUCUUCCACAAUGGUUCAUUGAUAUUUGUGAGUUUAGACGAGGAAAUUAAAGUACUCGAGAUACCUGGGGAAAAUUAUAAUAUGAUUAUAGAUCCUGAGAUAUAUAUUGGUGGUGGACCAGAAUUACAUAAGAAAAAGGGUUUGGUGUCGCAUAAUAAUUUUGUAGGAUCAUUAAAAUACGUAUUCUUCAACGACAAGUCAAUCAUCUACGAACUAAAACGAUCUAAUCCUAUGGUUCAUUAUAUCGGUGUGCUAGAACCAGAGUAUUACGAGGCCGACGUCGAGGUCAUUCCCAUUACGUACCCUUUCGCAGGAAGUCACAUUUGGUGGCCUAUUGAGAAAACGGAUUCUCUUAAACUCAACUUUGAUUUUAAAAGUUCCAAACCAAUUGCAGUGGUUGCAUCAGGAGACGUAAAGAGUAAUCGUGGACUUGGUUAUUGGGAGCUUCGUUUGGUUAACGACGAAAUACGUUUUCAACUAAUACCCGUCUCAAUAGAAAAUAUUACAGUAUCAACUGCUAUUAAAUUCCCAACUUACAAUACUUCCUGGCAUGCUGUAGAACUAAAUUAUACAAAGGGCGAGCUAAACAUUCUAAUUGAUUAUAGAAAUAAACAGAGCAAGCUUUUUGCUAUGACUUUUGAAUUAGGUGACAAGGUAAUCAUUGGAAGUGGCAAGGGUAACGCUGGUUUGGUAGGUUGUAUGCGAGAUAUUCAGGUAAAUGGGCAGAAGAUAGAGCCUAGAUACAUCAUAAAUACUAAAAAAGUUGUCGGUGAAGUAGCUUUAGAUAAUUGCCAAUUCGUUGAUCCAUGUAAAAGACCAAACACUUGCGAACACGGUGGUAAAUGUUCUGUGAAAGAAGAUCGGAUAACUUGUGAUUGUACGAACACUGGGUAUAUUGGAAAGAAUUGUCAUUUUGCAGAUAAUAAAAAAACAUGUGAAGAAUUAGCGCUGUUGGGGUACACUCAAGAUGACGUUUAUACAAUUGACAUCGAUGGAAAUGGAAGAUUUCCACCUGCUUCAGUAAAAUGUGAAUUUCAAUCUAUCGAAGACUCAACCAAGACGAUCGUAGAACAUAAUUUACCAUCCCAAGUCGACGUCAGAUCCAUCGCCGAAUCAGAUUUUUCAUUUAGUAUUAAAUACAGACAAUUUACUCCAGAGAUGCUUCAAGAACUGAUCUCUCAUUCCCUUUACUGUAGUCAAUAUGUGAAGUAUGAUUGUUACAAAGCACCCUUGGAACUUCAUAGUGCAACCUGGUUUCUUGGUUCAAAAGGAACAACAGUUGAUUAUAUUGGAAAUGUUAACAGAGGCUCUUGUCCAUGUGGCAUGAAUAGAACCUGUGUCAGUAGCAAUUUGAGUUGUAACUGUGAUGUGUCAUCUGGAAGUGCUGGAAAAUGGCUCUCCGAUGAAGGUUAUUACGAGACUCCAGAUGCAUUAGGUAUCACUGGUAUGGUAUUUUUACAACAAAGAGAUCUCGAAGAGGAUGCUCAAGGUCGCAUAACUUUAGGACCAUUGGAAUGUGUCGAGACAAACACACAGAAAUACGUUGUAACUUUUACGACCUCACAAUCCUAUAUUGAAGUGCCAGGUUGGCGAAAAGGUGAUAUAGCUUUUAGCUUUCGUACAACAGGAGAAAAAGCUAUACUUCUUUAUCAACCACCAAUCAGAAGUAAUUAUCCAUCGUUCAUGGUAGCAUUGACAUCAGAAUAUCGAUUAACAUUUAACUUUACUCUCAAUACUGGAACUAUUCGGGAUUUGGAAGUAAACAGCCAACGAAAAUUAAAUAACGGAGAGUGGCAGAAGAUUUGGAUCGAUUAUAAUGAUUACCAUGUUAGAUUUAUGAUUAACACUGAUUACGCAAUGGUUGAUUUGUUGCCUGAAGAAGAAUUUGGUCCAUUUGAGGGUUCCAUGUUCAUCGGUGGUGCUACAGCAGAACAUUUGAAAACUUCAUCGGUUAGACAAGGAUUAAUUGGAUGUUUCCGUGGUCUUGUUGUAAAUGGUGAAAUAUUGGAUAUCCAUAGUUACAUGUCGGUACACCUUUCCGAAAUUAUUAAAGAUUGCAAACCUUCUUGUCAACCUAACAAGUGUCAAAACGGUGCAAGGUGUGUCGAACUUUGGAGUAAUUUUGAAUGCGUUUGUGAGAACAGAUGGGCUCAUCUGGGAACUUUCUGUGAGACAAAUAUCAACAAUAAAGCUUUAACGUUUACCUCACCGGGUGCUUUUCUAAAAAAAAAUUAUUUUGGUUCGGAUGACAAUGGAGAAAAGAUAUUGUUGAAGAGUAUGUUCGAACGAAACAUAUUAAUCAAUCUAAGAACUUACGAUACUCACUCACUGAUACUUUAUGCUAAUGAUCACUUAAACAACUUUGUGCAUCUUUACAUCUCGAAUGGUACUAGUAUCGUGUAUCUCUUCAAUGCAGGGAAUGAAAUUAAAAAUAUUACUGUGCAACACUCAGGUGUUAACACGGGAAUAUCAGUACAGAUAGCCAUCAUUCAUGGAGAAAAAUCUACGACCCUUCAUGUGAAUGACUAUAAUGUUACAUUGAAUGCAACUCCUAUACUUUUAGAUUCUUAUUCUAAUAAACCUUGGAUUAAUCCUGAAAAGGAAGUGUUAGCACCUCAAAGACCACCUGCACCACCAACAGAUUAUUUCCAAAUGAAUUUAGGUGGUUUUGAUCCAGACGAUCUUCUAAGAGUCGGAAAGGAAGGUAAUCUUACACAAGGAUACGUAGGAUGUCUUCGAGGAUUGAUGAUUGGCGAGUAUCACGUGGAUUUACCAAACUUAGCCAGUGAAGCCAAUCACGAGGGUAGCAAAGGUGUCCUUCCGAAUUGUCAAAUGAAAUGUGACGCUAUGCCUUGUAAAAACUUGGGUAUAUGCACAGAAGAUUUUGGAAGGCAAGAAUCCUUUUGCAAUUGCGAAUUGACGUCUUAUUUUGGUGAACACUGUGCCGAUGAGAAAGGUGCCGAUUUCAGUGGUGAGAGUGUACUUCAACGUGAAUUCGAUCUCGAGGGAGAAGUGAAGCAAGUGAAAGUACAACUAGCUUUUUCAACGAACGAACUACGGCAGCGAACAACGGCAUUGUUGCUCUUGCAAACAGAAAACAACGAAGAGAUUGCAUCAAGAGAUUGUCGACAUCUGGAAUCCGGGAUGUCUUUCGAAAAACUUUUUUUCAGAAGAAGCUAUUACCUACUCGUGGCCUUAACGUCGGAGGGUCAGCUCAUUUUCGAAGAGGAUACCGAAGGCAUAGCUUAUGGUGUACGUCUCAACGAUAGAAACUUCUUGAAUGGAGCUAGGCAUAGCGUUUAUUAUGUACGAGAAAAUAACACGACGAUGCUUUUGAUCGAUCGUGAACAUGUACAACUCUUACCAAUUCCAAUACUCAGUUUAGGCGAUUACUAUGAUACUCCAGGUUCGACUGAAAUUCAAAUUGGUGGAUUGAAUACUACAGAUUCUCGAUUUUCUGCUUACAAAGGAUACACUGGUUGCCUCAGCAACGUUGUUAUCUCAAUCAAUGGCGGACCUAUAAUGAAACCACUCGAAGAAUACAUGUUAUUUACUAAACAAGGAAGUGAAACUGUAAGAGCAACGAUACCGGCUGGCGUCAGGAGUGCACAAUGUGCUGUUUUUCAUGCACAACCUCGGGGUUUAGAGCCUCAAAGAAACGACAGUGUUGGAAUUAAAGGAGUAUGGGCCGAAGAUCCACCAGAAAGGAUUCUCUACAAAUCUCAAUACUCUGAUGCGACUCAAGAAGAACAAGGUGCUGGGACCUAUAUUUUCAUAGCUUUGUGCUGUUUGUUUGUCGGUGCCGUAAUAGGAUGUAUUUAUGAAGUAUGGCGAAGUGCAAGAAAGGAUAGAAGACGUCGACGAAGUGCAGCAGCUGUAGCUAGUAAAUCACCGAGUCCUUCGGGAUCACAAAGGUGGCAACCUCAACAAUACACUGAUUCGUUGGUUACGACGACUGGUAUAAAAACUAUUGGCUUUAAAAUUACUGAUGAUGAAAAAAGGCCAAAUGGUACUCAUAUGAAAGCUAGUGCUAAGGAAUAUAAACCACUGCCUAAUACAGAGCCUAAAGAAUUGAUGAAUGAUAAAAAGGUUCACAUAAAAGCAGACGAGGAACCAGAGAAAAAGGAGCUGCUAGGGGUAAAUACAGGCAUCGUCAAUAAACCUCCGAAACCAAACCCAUUCUCAAUGGAGGAUCUAAGGGAAGAACCAGAAUUAGAAGAAUGCGAAGAAGAAGAAGAGGAUAAUGAAGAGAAAACUGAAUUGACGGAAGAAGAUGAUCAAGAAGAACAGGAUGAGGACAACAAAAAAGAUGGUAAUGAGGAAGAAGAAGAAGAAGAAGAAGAAGAAGAAGAAGGAGAAGGAGGGAAGGAUGAUAGUCAAGAGAACGAGGUCCUCUUGAAGUCGGUAAGAGAUACGUCACGGAGAAUGUCCUUGAUCGAUAAUCCAUUGUUAAAUGAAGAAAAGGGACUUCUUCAAACGAAUUUUUCCGUAACUGGCAUAAAUGAAAUUAAAACAGAAUGUAUACCAACUGUUAAUAAUGUUGAUACGAAUAUUGAACAAACUACUACUAUUAUUAAAAAGGAUCCACCAAAACGACCAAUGAGUUUAGAUCUUAGUGUCCCCAUUACGUUCAAAAAGCCACACGGAAGAGCUCGUUUUGAAAGAGUUACAGCAAGAUUGAUCGAUCCUCGCGAUAAUAUGUUCAAAACUUAGAUAAAUUACGCAUUUAAAAUUUAGGAACUUUUUAAAAGAGAUAUAUAUUAUCGUAGAUAUAUAUAUAUAUAUAUAUAUAUAUAUAUAUACACAUAUAUAUAUAUAUGUAGAUGUGAAAAGAAAUAUAAAUUAAUAAGAGAAACUUAUAGUGCCUAGAAUAUACAUAUCGCAAAAGUUACGAGAUUUAGAAUGUAUGUUCUACUGCGUUUAGGAUGAGAUCGUUGAAUGCAUUUAACAACCCUUAGUGCCUCUCGCGUAUCAAUAAAUAAUAAUAAUAAUAAUAAUAAUAAUAAUAAUAAUAAUAAUAAUAAUAAUAAUAAUAAUAAUGAUAAUAAUAAUAAUAAUAAUAAUAAUAAUAAUAAUAAUAAUAAUAAUAAUAAUAAUAAUAAUAAUAAUAAUAAUAAUAGAUAAAUAGAUAGAUAGAUAGAUAAAUAAUAAUAUAAUGACGAUGAUGAUGAUAAUAAUUAUUAUAGUAGUAACAAUAACGUUAUAGAAUUUAAGCACUAUGACAACGAAACGAUAUACGAUCGAUCCUUUGAUCUUGCAAUAAAACAAUUUUGUCAAGAUUUUUCUAUCUAGAUUCAGGUAUAUAUGAGCGAAAAUAUUAGACAAACUAGAAUUGUUUAAUUUGAUAAUUAACGUGAAACAAUGAUAAUAAUUUUCCAAUUGAUAUACGUAUACAUACAUACAUAUAUACAUACCUAUAUAUACACACGAAAAUUCAAAACGUUUAAAUUAAAAAACGUUUAAUUUUAUACUUAUAUGGGGAGACAAGUCAUUAUAUUAAUCGCUAUCAUUAUAAUUUUCAUUUCAUUAUUCAAUUUCCAUAUAAUUCAACACUAAUGGCACGGUUUUUUAUCUACACUGCCUGCUUAGAAACAUAAUCGCACGAGAUUACAAAAGAAAAAGGUGAAAAAAAAGUUGAUACAUGUAUUUGUCAAAUUGAUCCGACGUUCGAUCAUUUUUCAGCUUGUUUUCUCCAUAUACAUUUAUGUUACACAUAUACAUAUACAUGUGAGCCCACUUACAUACAUGCGCACAAUGUUUCGUAUGCUUGUAUGCUUGCUAUGAUAAUGAAAAUCAAAAUUAAUAACGAUUUACGCGUAUUUAUGCGUAUCAGAAAGAAUGAAAGUGUGUUUGUGUGUGUGUGUGUAUCUGUGUGUAUCUGUGUGUAUGUACGACAAAUUUUUUAAAUUUAAUUUCAUUAAAAUGAUUCAAAAGUCACUUAUCAUUCAUAUCUGUAUUAGAUGUUUUGGUUCAUUAUUAGCAGCUUCAAUUGGAAAAAAUAAUAUUGACUUUGGUGUGCUUUUGGUGGCGAUAUUAUUGUGUUUAUAAUACAAAUCAUUCAUAAAUGUUUUAUAGAUAAAUAUAUAAAAAUAAUAAUAGGAAAGAAAAGUUAAUUAAAUAUGGGAGAAGCUCCAAGAUGGCGUCGAUAAACGUUCACAGCUGAUUUAUUUACCAUCACAUCGCGAUUUCGAUCUUAAUUUUUUUGUUUUUUCACCGUUUAAUUCGUUUAAUCGAAAUCGUAAUAAUAAUUUCAGCCAAGGAGUUCGUCUAGCACGAACGACGAUGAGAACGUUGUCGUACCACCGAAUACCAUUCUCCAAACAAAUUCUACGUGCGAACUUUAGAGGCUAGCAUGGACAAUAACACUGGACAACGUUCGAAAGCCCCUGAACGUUCGCCGACGUCGACAGAUACCAGAAAACCUUUGGUCCUGAACAUGAGUCCUAUCUAUCUGUCGGAUGAUUGUCGGACUUUCGGCAAUCCUCUAAGCUAUCUAGGAGGUCCAAGACUACAACCAAGGAAUAGAAACUCUAUAGAGUCCGUUCUUUCCUUGGACUGAAUAUUUCCGUCGUUUUUCUUUGAGAGAAUUAUAAGAAAUACAAGAAUUUCAUAUUCUAAAUUAUAGAAAAAUUUUAUUUCCUCUUUUUCUCCUCUUCUCUUAUCUUGAGUAUUCGAGGCAAGAGCUCGUUUUGAGAAGAUCUGAAAAUGUUUAGAAAAAAUAUAUUUUAUUCUUCGUAUUUACAAAUAAAAAUGAACAAAAAGAACAAAAGAUAAAUAAAUAAAUAAAUAUAUAUAUAUAUAUAUAUAUAUAUAUAUAUAUAUAUAUAUAAGAGGAUUAAAAGAAGAAAAUGCAAAAAUUCAUGACGAAAUUCCGUAGAAUACGUAUAUACGAAAUGUAUUUGUGUAUUAUAACAAAAUCGUCAUCUUAACCCUAGUCAAGGUUUCCUUUCAUUUUCUCUAUAUUAUAUAUAUAUAUAUAGAGAGGAAAUACACACACACACACACACACACACACACAAACGUACACGAUAUCUCCUCUUCCCCACCCAAUAAAAUUCACAAAUCAGCUCGUUAAAUCGAAAUGGACGAUUAUGAUACCGAGCAAAAAGUGUGAAAUCUAAGACAAUGCGAAUAAUAAGGAGAAAAAAAUAACAAAAUAUUGUUUGUGUGUAUAUCUAUAAGGAAAGUGUGAAAAAAGAUGAAACAACGUGUCAUUUUCAUUUCUUUCUUCUUAUAGUUCAAAAAAAAAUAGGAUAUUAACGAAAUAAGAUGUUCUUUCUCAUUUCUCUGCAAUCGUCGUAGUAAGCUGUUUAAAAAGGAAAAAAAAAAUUGAAAAAAGAAUAAAGAAAGAAGAAAAAAAAAAAGAACAACAUUAUAUAAUAAAUAUAAUUAAUAAUGUUAAUUACUAGGAGUACAAUAAAAAAGUAAUAAUGUAUAACAAAUACAGUAAUACAAGUGUAUGGAGUA